AAGGCAACUUCUGCUCGAGGUUGAACCAAUCCAGAGCUUUUUAUUAUAGCUCAGCGAUCUAGGGCAGAGACCACACCAACAGCAAUUAAUCCGCGUCUUGAGAAGCAGUACGAUCGUCGCUCUAGACACCAUGGGUCGCCACUUUGGAGAUUUGGCCAAGAUCAGGCAUGUGAUCACCUACAGUCUGUCCCCCUUCGAGCAGAGGGCUUUCCCCAACUACUUCUCUAAAGGAAUCCCCAAUGUCUGGAGACGAUUCACAUCGUCCGUCUUCAAAGUUGCUCCACCUAUGAUCUGCAUGUACCUGACAUACACCUGGGGCAACCAUGUCCACUCAGAAGGAAAGAGGAAGGUUGCCGCCGACUACGAGAAUGAAGAGUGAAAACUUCCAUCUUGCAACUUUGUCCCCCCCCUGUUUAAACCUUCGCUGUAUGUUUCGUCAAUAAAGAUAAUAUUUAUCAGAAAA